AAAUCGUCCUGCAUGUCAGGCAACCCUGCGCAAGGGUCGUGCGCGACUCGGCGCCACGCCGGUAGGUGGCCGCGCGAGUCUUCUCUCCCAUAAAUGAUAUUAUGCGCAGCGGCUUCAAAGCGACUUUGAUAUUUUGACAAAAAGUUUAUCCCUGUGUCGUAUAAGUGCUGCAUCACACAUCAAGUGCUUUCUGCGAAGUUUAUUUGGAACAUAUGGCAAAAAAAAUAUCACCAUGUCGGAUAAACCAUCGACCUCAAGUCAUUCAAGUAGAAGAUCUGUGAAAAAUUUGAAUAACAUUGAUUUGAUCGGCAACACUGCGCAUCAGAUCACGGGCGCCAAACUUCCGUGCAUCAAACAAGUGUUACAAGUGAUGUUCCAUAAUAUGCGAUUUGUUGGACUUACUGCAAAAGACAGUGCAAAAUUGACCAUAAGUGCAGCUGUAAUAUUUUGGCAACAAGCUCGCAUUCCAAUUAUUAAUGAUGAUAAGUGUGUGAAAAAGCUGAUGAAAGUUUACGACCAAUGGAAAAACAUACAAAGAACUGUCCCAGAUAAAAGGUCAAAUGCACAAAAGCAAGUUGCCGAACAAUUUACUCAAAAUCUUGAUGAUUUGUUUGAUAUUGCCAUCGGUGAUGCGUUGGAAAAAAUUCGAAUUGAAGAGGACAGAGAAUUUUUAAAAUUGCAAAGACAAAAAGGUCGUCCAGGCUGCAUGGUUGGUGUCGAUAUGAAGUUAUAUGGGCGAGAAAAACGUACGCAAGAACGACAAGAAAAAGAAGAAGCGCGUAAAAGAAAACACGAGGAAGAGAUGGCUAGACCUUCAGAUGUCGUGAAUUGUGAUGAUGAAGAUGCUGAAAUGCCAUUUUGUGAAACGAUUGAUGAAGAAAAUGAACCGAUUGACGAUGACUGGGAACCAGAGAAAGUAGCUGGUAACGCAACAUCCGCCAAAAAAAGAGGCCGAAAAGAAUUCAUCACAGCAAGAUUGGCUGCUGCACUUGAUAAUGCUAAAGUUUCGGAUGGUAUGGCCGUGCAUAUCCUCAUUGCAGCUGCUGAAGCAUUUGGAAGACGGGCUGAAGAGUUAGCUAUCAACCGUUCAACUAUUCAUCGCGCUCGCCUGGAACAUCGAUUGGAAGAUACAAAAGAUGUGAUGGCUCGGUUUCCCGACAACAUAAAUACCGUUGGAUCAUUAGUUGUUCAUUGGGAUGGCAAACUACUACAAGAUUUGAUUGGUAGACUCAAAGUUGAGCGCAUAGCAGUUCUUGUGAGCUACAAUGGGACAUCCAAGUUCCUCGGAGCACCGAAAAUUGAAUCGUCAAGUGGAGAACACAUUGCUGCUGCGGUUCGCUUACAAAAAGAGAAGCGAAUGGUUUGCGCGGUAUUUGCAUUUUUCUCAUCAAACUUUAUAUCAAGCCAUGGUUCAGAUGUACGAAUGCUAUAG